GUCUUGGCUCCUUUGAUAGUCCCAAGACCUGCCUGAAAAACACCUGGUUAUUUAAUUAGGACUUCACUCAGGCAGCUAUUUUCUAAUCAACAAAUGAUGGAUGUCAGAAAAAAUCGAGUUUCCAAAGACUCAAAGUCUGAAUUAGUUAUCACAUACGACUUUCAGAACUCUGAUACUACUGGACUUAGGUCCGUUCAACAGCUAGAAUUUAAAACUAGCCUUCUUGAAGUGGUGGAAGAACUUCGUAUUCGUCGUGCUGCGGAAAGUCGGUAUGAAGAUCAGAUCAGAAACCUUGUGGUGGAAAAGCAAGAACUGGAGUGGCAAAAGGAGUCAUUGCAGCAUCAGUGCAAUGUGCUAUCCAGUCAACAUGAAGAAGCUAUGGCUGUCCUAAAAAAGCAGUUUCAGACAAGGGUUAAUGCAGUGGAAGAGGAGAAGGGAAAGUUCCAACUUAGCACAGAGACAAAAGAAAGAGAAAUCAAUAGACUGAAGGAGGAAUUGAAAGGACUGCAGGUUUCCAAGUACAGUCUAGAAAAAAAACUAAGUGAACUGGAACAAAAGGUACAGUUGCAGACUGUUGCUAAGGAUAAUCAGCUCAGUCAACUGAGUGAAGUGGAGAAACGUUUUGCAGCUAUAAGUCGCCAGUGUGGGUUGGUCAAGCAGGCUCAUGAGAAACUAGAACAGAAUGUGGAUGAAGCAGCAAGAUUGAAUAAAAAGCUUAUGACAGCGAAUAAAGAUCAGGAGAAUAUCAUACAUGACCUGAAACAGGAACUGGAGAAAGUAACAGCAAACUUGAUAAGAUCCAAGGUCACUUCUCAGUGCAAACUGGGAGAAGAAAACAUCCAAGUUACAGAACAGCAGCAGCAACUACAAGAACUGAAGCAGAAAUUGCUGAUGAACACAGAGUUAAACAAGAGGUUAUCUAGCGAUGUUCUGGCUUUUCAAGAAGACAAAAAGAUUCUGGAAAAGGAUAAUGAGCUACUCCGGGAGAAGGCAAAAGAAAAUGAAGAUAAAUUUCAGAUUCUUGAGAGAGAAAAUGAAAAGUCUACAGCUCAGUGGAAAAAGGAGCCUACAGUACAGGAAACAGCGGGAGAGCAGAUUUGUAUGAGUGAGGCCUUAAUAGUUAAUGACAAUAAGAUUAAACAAGCAGGAAUGCACAGCAGCAUAGAAGAGGAAAUAAAAGAAUCCAGUGAGAGAGAUGACAUGAAGCAAGAGAUUAGCACUCAAGGUGAAGAUGGAAUGAUUAGUACAGAUAACAUAGUUACGAACAGUGAUAUAUGGUCACCAGAUACUGCCAAGCCAACUACAGAAAUGCCAGAAAAAGCAACUAAUAACGGAGCUCUGUUUGUGAAUGAAAGACCGUACACCAGUGUAUCCACUCUGACCGUUAAUGCUGGUGAGCCCAAUGACACUCAGCAGGGUGAAACAGGAAACACUCGCAAUGAAGCUGAGUUGGCGAGUGCAAAAAUCAAGUUGCAGUGCACUUCUGUCUGUUUGGCAGAAGUCCCAAUGGAAGGAGGAAAGAAGCUCCCAGACAGUGCUGAUGCAUUAGGUGUCUGCAGUGCAGAUGUAGGUCAGCAGACAGACUCCAACACACACAAAUUCAAUGGAGGCAGAACUGAAGCAGUUUAUGAUACGAAUGAUAAGACAAAAACCACACAAUAUGACAAAGGUGUCUUUAUAAAUGAAUCACCUAGGACUGAAGCCAGAGCAGCUGCUUGCACCACUGAGAUUAUAACAAAGGAAGGCGAUGCAAAUGAAGUACAAGAGGAUACUGUCCAAACUCAGCAAAGUAUUUUUGACCUUGUAUGUCAACCAGUACUUGAUGAAAUUAAAAAUGAGCAGAAAUCCAGUUUACAACAGCAGCACGAACACAGCCAAGCAAAUAUUCCGACGGAAGAAAACUGUGUAAUUGAACUUUGUCAAUUCCAUAAACCCUGCAGUAAAUCAGAUGACAGUCCUAUAAAACUACCCACUGACCAUUGCAUUCUAUCAAUUUUGCCCUGUAAAAUUAACAGUAGUGUUGAUGUUGUCGGUAAAUCCAAGUCAGGGAAUCUCAGGUAUGACAACCAUGAGGAAGAUAUUAUGAAGGAACUCAGUAGUAAUGCACAAAACAAUCUUGUUAGUACUGAAGAUCAGCAGAAAGAGCCACUUAGUCUGGAAACCAUCAUUUCUGACAGUGAAGCAAUUCAAGAUAUUCAGGUAACUGUGUCCAAUGCUGAAGCUUUGGGAAACCAGAAACAGUUGCUAGGUAACUUAGCACAAAGCAAUGACUGUUUAAUUAUGACAAGUAUCCGUUCACCAAAUUUCGUAGGUAUGGUUUUAGCCCCAGUCCCCCACAGUACAGAGGAAACUAACAGCAGUGUGAAUGGUUUGGAACCCACUGUGGAAAAUCAGCAAACAUUAGUUAGUAAAAUGGAUUUGCAUGCUGAAGUACUAGAAACAAGAGGUAUUUCCAAGAUUACAGAAAAUAAAUUAAAGCUCAGCUUCACAUGUGCUUCAGUUAAUCCGGUUGCAACCAUUGCUUUAGAUCACCAGAAUAAAACAUCAACCUCUCAGAUAGAGUGCACAAACACCAAAGCACCAUGUCAAAGUGACUGGAAAUUUUGUGAACUGCCUUUUUUAGAUUCUGAGAAAGAAAAUGAUACAUCGAACAAAGCUGCAACAUCACUCUCAGUUUCAUUACUGAGAGACAAACCGGAGGCUCCUAUUGUAAGCAGAAGAACCCCUUCAGCAUUUACUUUUCCAAGACAAAUCGGUGAAAUAAGUUUGAGAAAUUCUAGUGCAGCAGAUUCUCCCAGUACUAAAAGGCUGAAUGACACUUUUAAUACCUCCACUAUUCCUCUUUACCCCAAGAGAAAUUCUGAUGAGGAGUGGAACACAAUAGCACAGACAUAUCCUGAUUUUUCACAGCCUGCAGAUCGGGUUCAUAGUUCUACAGUACAGGAGGAGGCCGUUCAUACAGACCAUCAAGUCUAUGUCGGCUCUCUGAAAGAGCAAUCCUUUUACGUUCACAUUGCCCUGCAACAUUUUCCUUCUCCGUUAAAAAUUCAAUUCCCUUUUGAAAAACCAUGUUCAUCCUCCGGCGAAGGUUUCAAGAUUCCUUUUUCAUUUGCUUCAAUGAAACAUCAGGGAAAGUUUACAGAAACUUCUUCUACUUGUUCCCAAUCAUACUUUCAUCCUCAAUCACCAGAGAUUAAGGGACCAGAGGUUUCCACAUCUAACACUAUGCCUGCCACUCAAGACUUACUGUUCGAGGAGGAAACUGAUUCUCAGUAUGCCAUCAUCAAAGGACAAAUUAGUAAAAUCGAGAGGUUUCUUAGUCUGGACCGGCUCAAGCACACACGGAAAAGGAAAGCUGACAAUAGCUCAACCGAAUAUGUAAUAAAGAUAACACCAACUUAA